CGGGAAUACUCUAAAAUCGAUUUGUUUGUUUUUCGCGUUUUUCUCGACUCCUACAGCCAAAAGGUUCCCAGCCUAGCUCGCCACGUUUCUCCAUAGUAAUGCCUUACCGACAAGCUCGUUCACCAUCGUAGUUCAUGGACCACUGCUACUAAAUUUAGCGGUUGUUGCCGCUCCAUAAGCGUCAGCAAUCUCCCCUAUAAUCUUUGGUGUUCGCUUUGGAAAUGUUGGGCUAUUACCGAUUGAAUCGGUGCACUUCCCCACCCCUGAGAACAGCCAUCCAUCAGUCUAUACAGAUUAUCCCUCGCAUUCCUGACAAUACGUUAAAAAAAAUUCAGAGUCAAAUCUUCCAGAAGUCCAUUUCACCUCAACAAUAUGUAAUAAAUAUGUGAAAUGGAGUGAGAUGAGUUCAGGAAAGUAUAACCUACCUCAACAAUUUGAGACACAAUAAUGAAAGAUCGAGAUAAGGGCUAAUGAAAUACGAAAUUCGAGGGAAAAUGAGCAUGGAGUGUCCCAAUUGUGGGAAACAAACCAAUUUCUCGGAUUGUCGAUUAAUUCAAGAUAGUUGUGGUCAUGAGAAAUGUCGAAUGUGCCUGUUGUACGAGGAGGACGGUUGCAAGACGUGCAAUGACCUUCUGAGGAUUAUACCCACGUUUCCACCAGAUGCAGGUGAACAGCAGCCGAUGGGAAGUAUCCCAUACCCAUCCCCCCUUCUGCCGGAAGACCAACGACUCCAGCAAAAAUCUCCUUCACCCUCCGGGCCACCGUAUGCCUUGGAACCCCCUCCCCUCCCGCUACCACAGCCAGUUCGCAACAAGCCACCCAAACCUCCUGACCGAAAUCACAUAGUGACCCUGCCAGGAACUCCGGUACGUUACAAAUGUACCAUCUGCCUGAAGAUCUUCCGAAACCUCAAAGGCCAAUGCUACCACGACGUCUGUCGCACCGGAAUAUCCCCAUAUCAUUGCACCGAGUGUGGCAAAACCUUCGUUAAAAAAUCCCAUUUUGAGUACCACGAGAGAAUGCACACAGGUUACAAGCCCUUCUCCUGCAGCAUUUGCUCCAAAUCCUUUCCCCAGAGGAACAAGUUAAAUCGACACAUGCAGUCCCACAAUCCGGAGAAGAAGUACCUCUGUUCAUUCUGCGGCAAGAGAUACGCCAAAAUGGAUGACUUGACAACCCACAGUAUGCUUCACACAGGUGCGAAGCCCCACUCAUGCCCCACGUGUGGAAAAGCCUUCAGGAUUCGAGCGAGUUUGACUCGUCACAUAAGGAGUCACUCCUCAGAGCGUCCCUACACUUGUGACACGUGUGGAAAAAGCUUCAAGGAGAAGGGCCUUCUGGUAAGACACAGGAAGAUCCACGGCAAGGAGAGACCGUACAGCUGCGCUCACUGCUCCAAGCCCUUUCUGUCUAAGAGUGAACUGAGAAGACACGUCGCCAGUCACUCGGAUGACAAACCCUUCCCCUGCACAUUCUGCAAUAUUGCCUUCCGUCGCAAGGAUAAUUUAAGUCGGCACAUACGUCAUCAUCACAUGGCAUCGAAUCCUGAGUGGGAAAUAUCCAGUCUUCCAAAGGUCCAGGAUAAAAGGAGCGACGAAGGGAAGAGGAAGGAGGGAGAGAAGAGGAAGGACGGAGAGAAGAGACAGUGUAAAAAGAACAAAGGGAAACAUAGAGCUGAAGAACAGGAGACAGCCGCCACUGAUGCCAACACCGAAAUUAGUCCUAGGGUUGACACCAGAGGAGUCAUCACACCUGUUAUUCGUGCACCUAGAGAGUCAAGCAAUGCUGUACCAGUGAUCAAUGGUCCUAUCAGCAUCCCCAAACCCUGGGAUCAGCCUGUGGCAACCAAAACUGUGUUGAUGUAUACAGUGCCCAUUCCCAGCCGAGAAGCCAUUGUCAUCAAUCAGAGGAUCGAACAAAAGCUGUAUCAACAAGGUUCAGAGGCCAGUGGGGUUUAUUUUUAUACAGAACGACCUAGUCGAGAGUCGUAUGCUUCAGUGAGCUUUCCACCUCUGGGGCACAACGCAGCGGUUAGAGCUGUUUCUGGGGGUAGGAGGAUUUCCGGGGACUCGAGUUUUUCACCUCCCAUGAGUGAAAAUUUGACUGAAUUGAGGAGUGCCCCGGGGAUGGAGGCAUUGAGGGAAGGGAGCAGAAGGGGGUCCCCCAUUAUGGGGGAUGAGAGGGUCAAUAUUCAGUUGAGGGAUAAUAAUAUUGAUAGCACUAACUGUGUCUCUACUAUUAGGGAGAACUUUGGAUGUGAAACUCGUUGGAAGAAGAGACCUGACAAUUUUAGAGAACAUCCCGACUGAGGUGUUUAGGUUUUCAUGUUUAUAUUCAAUACCCAAGCGGUAGAAUACCCAAUACCCAAGCGGGAGUGGUUCAAAUUGAUUUAAUUUCUAUUACUGGUCAGUGCUCACUUAAUAUUUCGAAAUUUAUUGAACACACAAUAGUUUUCGUUAUGACCUUUUGUAGGAUGAAUUAAGGGUUACCGAAGAGUUAUUACAAACACUUAUACCUGCCAUGCAUGUUGAAAGAUCAAUGGAAAACCGACGUGGUUAGUAAAAUUAAUAACUUAACUUUACCUUGUCGAUUUCGUUGAUCCAUUUUAUGGUGAACUGUUAUUGCGAAUAAUUUCCUCACAAGAGAACCCUCAAGUCUGUUUUCGUGAGAGGGUAACUGUCAAUAAGCCUUUAUUGAUAGGUUUCUCAUGUAACCAAAAUUGACAGCGAAAAAUGUUGUGAAAUGUGAAUAAGUAAAAUUUCGUUGAUCAACGGAUAAAUGAGGAUUUGUUGACUGUGUUUAUGAAUGAAGUCAAGUAAAUAUAGUGACGACUAUCGACAUUGUGAUAUGAUAAAUUUUAUUAUUUUUCUAUUGUACGAACUUCGUGAUAACUUAAAAUUGUAUAAACUGUAAAUGAUGUUGGAAUUGUUACGGAAUUUAGUGGUCUGUAUUCAAGAGGAAUUAAUUAUUUAUUAUUUUGUCAUUUUAGUAGAAUGGAAUUGAUCAAAUAAUCAUUCAUGCGUUAAAAAAAUCAAAUACAUUCACUUGCUUUACGUAAAAUA